CAUCACCUUGGUAACGCACCGAGCGAAAGCCAGAGUCCCCACCCUGCCCGUUUGCGGGGAUUUUGCCCCAGGAAAGCCGCCCGGGUGGCAGCACCGCGGUGGCCGAGAGGGGUCUGCGGGCAGGCGGCUGGCCUCGGGCGGGCCGCCGCUCCCUGUCGCCGACCGGCGAGGGGAGGAGGGCCUGCCCCUCUCCGAUGCGAGCUCCUCUGAUGACGUGCCUCGGCUCGGGCGGCUCGCUGCAGUGUCCCUGCAAUGGCUGAGGGGCGGCUGUCGGAUGCUCGCAAGGAGCGCGUUCUCCCAGGAGGAAGGGAAGCCAGCAUCCAGCGCAUCGCCCGGCAACGGCUCCAACCGGCCUGGGAAAAUUCCUCUCCCACUCCUUCCUCGGCGAGGCGGGUCUGAUUCUCCACUUCCAGGGAGUGUACAUGGCAAGUGAGAAAAUGUCGUGGAACAGAAUCAAAGGAUAGACGAGAACGGAAGGUUCUCUCCGAUUGGGAUUCUACCCCUCUCGCCACGUCGUCUCACAAUGUCAAAGAAGGGUGCCAGCUUUCGAGCUAAAGGAGAAAGACCGGACCCCUUAGCUGCCUUGCAAGCGGCUAAUGAAGAGCUCAGGGCAAAACUCACAGACAUUCAGAUAGAGCUCCAGCAAGAAAAGAGUAAGGUCAGCAAAUUGGAGAGGGAGAAAAAUCAGGAAGUCAAGCAGAUCAAAGAACACGAACAGCAUAAAAACAUAGUGAUUGUAACAGAACUCAAGGCUAAACUUCAUGAAGAGAAAAUGAGGGAGCUCCAGGCUGUUCGGGAAGGACUUCUAAGACAGCAUGAAGCUGAGCUGCUUAGAGUCAUAAAAAUUAAAGAUAAUGAAAUUCAAAGACUACAGGCCUUACUUAAUACUGUACGGGAUGGGACGCCUGAUAAGGUUAAGACAGUGCUUUUCUCGGAAGCAAAAGAGGAGGCCAAGAAGGGAUUUGAAGUUGAGAAAAUCAAAAUGCAACAGGAAAUUUCAGAGCUUAAGGGAGCUAAAAAACAAGUGGAGGAAGCUUUAUCUGUGGUCGUUCAAGCUGACAAAAUGAAAGCAGCAGAGAUACGGAGUGUGUACCACCUUCACCAAGAAGAAAUUACCAGGAUAAAGAGAGAAUGUGAGCGGGAAAUUCGCAGAUUGAUGGAGGAGAUCAAAUUUAAAGACAGAGCAGUCUACGUGCUGGAAAGAGAGUUAGGGGUUCAAGCCGGGCAGGCUCAGAGACUUCAGCUCCAAAAGGAGGCUUUAGAUGAACAACUUUCCCAGCUCAAAGAGGCUGACCGGCAUCUGAGCAGCCCCAAGCGGGAACUUCCUCAUGCAAGUGGUGCAGGAGACACUUCAGAUCAUUCAGGAAGUCCUGAACAGCAGUUGGAUGAAAGGGAUGCUCGGCGUUUCCAACUUAAAAUAGCUGAACUAAGUGCAAUCAUCAGGAAGCUGGAAGAUCGGAAUGCAUUGCUGUCAGAGGAACGGAAUGAACUUUUGAAACGUCUCAGAGAAGCUGAGAGCCAGUACAAACCCCUGCUAGACAAAAAUAGACGCCUUAGCAGAAAGAAUGAGGAUUUAUCCCACACUUUACGUCGUAUGGAGAAUAAACUAAAAUUUGUAACACAAGAAAAUUUGGAAAUGAGACAAAGGGUAAGGACCAUAAGGAGACCAAGUUCUUUAAAUGACCUUGACCAGAAUCAAGAUGAAAGAGAAAUUGAAUUUCUGAGGCUACACAUCCUUGAGCAGCAAAACAUCAUAGAUGAACUUUCAAAGACCCUGGAAACUGCUGGCUAUGUGAAGAGCGUAAUAGAACGCGAUAAGCUUUUAAGGUACAGAAAACAACGGAAGAAAUUUGCAAAAUUCCCCAAGAAGCCAGUGGUGGAGACCUUUUUUGGGUAUGAUGAAGAAGCUUCUCUUGAAUCUGAUGGCUCUUCUAUCUCAUAUCAAACUGACCGAACAGAUCAAACACCUUGCACUCCAGAUGAUGACUUAGAAGAGGGUAUGGCGAAAGAAGAAACAGAAUUAAGAUUCCGACAGUUGACAAUGGAGUAUCAAGCUUUACAAAGGGCGUAUGCGCUGUUGCAAGAACAGGUUGGAGGAACGCUGGAUGCAGAACGAGAAGUUAAGACUCGUGAGCAGCUUCAAGCAGAAAUCCACAGAGCCCAAGCACAGAUAGAGGACCUAGAAAAGGCACUUGCUGAGCAAGGACAGGAUAUGAAAUGGAUUGAAGAAAAACAAGCAUUAUACAGAAGAAACCAAGAGCUUGUUGAAAAGAUAAAACAAAUGGAGGCAGAAGAAGCUCGGUUAAAGCACGAGGUUCAGGAUGCUAAAGAUCAAAAUGAACUCUUGGAAUUUAGAAUUCUAGAGCUUGAAGAGAGAGAAAGAAGAUCUCCAGCAAUUAAUUUUCAUCACAUUCCUUUUACUGAGGGAAAGAGUCCUCUGCAGGUCUAUUGUGAGGCAGAAGGUGUAACAGAUAUACUAGUAGCAGAGUUGAUGAAAAAACUGGACAUAUUAGGGGAUAACGCCAACUUAACAAAUGAAGAGCAAGUAGUUGUCAUACAAGCAAGGACAGUUUUGACAUUGGCAGAAAAGUGGCUGCAGCAGAUAGAAGUAACGGAAUCAGCAUUGCAACAAAAGAUGAUAGACUUGGAAAAUGAAAAGGAACUCUUUAGUAAACAAAAGGGAUAUUUGGACGAUGAACUUGAUUUCAGGAAGCAGUCCUUAGAUCAAGCACAUAAGCACAUUCUGGAAUUGGAAGCCAUGCUGUACGAUGCCCUACAGCAGGAAGCAGGAGCCAAAAUGACAGAGAUGCUUUCAGAAGAGGAGAGGGAGAAGCUGAAGAAUGCUGUAGAACAGUGGAAGAGGCAGGUGAUGAGUGAACUCAGAGAACGGGAUUCCCAGAUCCUCCGGGAAAGAAUGGAACUCAUUCAACAUGCACAGCAGAGAAUUAAGGAGCUAGAAGAAAGAAUUGAAGCUCAAAAAAGACAAAUAAAGGAAUUAGAAGAAAAGUCAAAAAAGAAAGCUACCACCCCUGCUCUUGUCGAACAAUAUAACCGUGGUUGCCAAGACUGCAGAGGGAAAUGACAUUGCCAUUUCAAGAAACUAAACUGCAUUCUGUAUUUUGAUAUUAAAGACUGAAGAUUUCAUCUUUUCAAGCAUUUUUAUAAAGAAGAGGAAAUACUUGUGUGGAUUUUAUUUUGAAGUGAAGUCUGAUCUCCUGACAAGUGUAACUCUAUAUAACUUUUUACAGACUAGUAUUAGGACAGUCAAAGAUGAAAGCCAAAAAAGAAAAUUAUUAAUAUGUAUUGGUUUCUCUGAAGGAAGCCUAAUUUUUGCUGCUCAAAACAACUUCAGCUUUACAUGAAAAGCAGUUCACUCAUUCAGAUGAAGUGAGUAUAUUUUGGUUCCCUGCUACGCAGGCAGUAAACUGCUUCUGUAAAGAAGUGAAUAUGUCCUGUUUUGUACUUCCAUUCUUUGUACUGUCAUUCAUAAUUGCAUAAGUACUUAUCUUGGGGAAGGAUCUGAAGGAAUUCCAGGCAGGACAGUGAUUGAAAAUGAACAAGUGAAUAGAUAGGAAAACUAAAAUGGUGUUCCAAAGAGGAUUCUCACAUACCUCCAUCUCCAGUCUUAGUAGAAAUGGGGAGCAAAAUGCAAUUAGGUGGACGUAAUCAUUUACGACACAUACCCGUACAUGUAUGUUUUCCACAACACGUGAUGGACAUUUUGCUAACUAUCUCCAUGAAUCAGUAAUGGUGUAAAAUGUGGUAAUAAACGAUGGAUCACCUUCCAAAAUUUCCAGGUCACAGUUUGCUCUGACAUUUCAGAGAGGCCUGUCUACAGUUCUAGCAGACAAGUGGCACAAUAGUUAAAAUCUAAUGCACUUAACAUUCCUGAUUGAAAAGAAACCAGUGUCUUCAGCCUGCAAGGAAAUGAAAGCAAUUGCUGGAAGAAAAUGGAAAGGAAAAGCGAUUUGGAUCCAUCAGGUCUGUAAUGGAAAAUCUCCAAGAAGGUUGGCAUAAGAAAAUGCAAAAGCACAAACAGCAAAUGGAAAUGCAUCUCUUGAGUUGGAUGUUUAUAAAGAUAUCACCUGUGAAUUAAGGGACAAAGGAACUGUGAAAGAAAGCAGAACAAUGCCCAUAAAAUUGUCUGGAGAAGGUCAAUUCAGUUAUGAAAUGAAGGUUUGUGAGUGGAUAUACAAAAAGCAUUUAUAUUCCCCAGCUGUCGUUCUAAAAAAACAAAAACAAAAAACAGAGGGAUAGAAGAGGACAGUUGGAAUACACGUUUCCCAGAAGCACUAUUGAUUUUCAAGGAAUUGCCCAAAGAUUCAGAUCAGGAACUGGAUGCUGCAAGUUCCAACUGAAUAUGGAUGAUUUAAAUUAAAUCUGACUAAUACAGUAUGCAAAAUCUCAGUAAACAGAAGCAAAUCUUUAGAAACCAUAUGGUACUUGUUUUUAUAAAGAAGAAGAAGAAGAAGAAGAAGAAGAAGAACAGUUUUGCUUACAAGCCUGCAACAUAAGGAGCCCUUGUUAUUCUAAAAUCUGUGAUGAGGUUAACAAAUUUGGCAACAGUACUUGGGGGCGGGUAUCUGCUUCAUAAAUUGUUGCUUCUGCCGUUCAUGUUUCUGACUAAACUAGGAGCAUACAAUGUAAAUUGUUACAUAGGUGGGAUAAGAAGAAUGGAAGGAAAAAUAGGAGAAAAUAUAUGGCCCAGCCAGAUGACUUAUUGACACAACUGCAUGGUCAUUAAGAGAUACUCCAAAUCUGCAGCUGUGACCGUGUAAAAUAAAUCCUGAUGACCAACCAGAAGAAUUUGCAUUAACCCGUUUUGAUUAUAAGUAAAUUAUCUUAUUGGAAACCAGUGCUUAUGGACAUUAGCAUCAAACGUUUUACAUUUUACAGCAAAGUCCAUCUGCAGCUAAGUAUCACUGCUGCAUGAACCUGAACACGUUUACUCAGAAAUUAUGAUAAGUUGCAAUCCGAAGCACAUUUACUUACUAGAAGUAGAAGUCCUAUUGGGUGAAGUCCUGCCUGGUGUGAGCGGAAAUGCACAAUGAGACUUUUUGAUCCCCUUUGUAACUGUGCUGUUUCUUCACCAGAGGGUCCCACAAAAUGCACCAGAGCAAAUUUCAAGGGUUCUUGGGGUGAGGGGAGGGCUACAGAUUCCUUCUUUCUGUCUCACCGAUAGAAGCAGUUCUAUCAACUGGAAGGAUUAACUGGAUACCACCCAUUGUGUUAAGCACAUGUGUCUUGCUGCAUAAGUACUUAACUCAUUGGGAAUUAUGCCGUACAAAGUGUGCUUAGGAGUAUAGCUUUUAAAUGCCACAUGUUUUCAAGAAGAGAAAUUAAGUGUUUAAACAUGUAUUCAUUUUCUUAAGACUAAGUAUCACGGAAUACAAUGAGACUUGACUCCUGAGUAAGCAUGUAUAGGCUUCUACUGAUAAGCACAUCUCUAACUCUCCCACUGAUUGUGUUCAGAGGUUGAGUGGGUGAUGUUGGUAGUUCACUGAUAAUGUACGUUUUGCUGCUAUCCCUAAACCUGUGCUGUUUUUCCUGGUCUUGUUCUUCUCAGCAGACCCACACUCAUCCCAUUUAAAAAUGUUUUGAAUCUGUAGAUUUAAAUAAGCACAUGCACUGAGACUGUUUUGGGCAUGGUGGAUUAUCAACAGUCAACUAAGACACACCUUGAAAAUGAAAAAAGUUCCUUGUGCAUAUAUAGAGUUCCUAGUGCAAUGGGUUUUUCACUGAUUUCAAAGGCAAAGUAGCAUUAAGUGUCCUGUCUUAGCUGGGUUGUCCUUACCUUUAAUGGGAGAAGCCCACUUUUGUGGAAACUCUAUGGUACUUAGAACUGCAGCAAAUGGAAUUGGGAGGUGAAAGUGAAUCCUGUUUAAAACAUAUUCAUACUUGACAGAAUGUACUGUGCAGGCAUCUUUUUAAAUGCCUUAAAUUACAAGCCUAACUUUAUAAGAAGGCUUAAGGAUGCAGAUGCUGCUAUUGAUCUGGAUAUGCAUGGUAGUAUAUAAUGCACUGGACAGGAUUUCAGAAUGUAAAGAUAAGUCUUUUUGAAAACUGGCUGGAGUACCUUUCUUUUCCAGCCAUGUUUUCGCAUGCUGUAUAUAUGUUUCAGUAUCUGUUUCAUGGCCCUAUAAUUAUCAAUUCUCCCCAACCCCUCCUUUUUUAAAAAAAGAAGCAUAACUUUAUCUGUAUAGAACAGAGAAGCAUGUAAAUAAAUGAUAUAAAGAUGAUUUUGUUUAUAUGGAAACAGAUGUUUUAUUAAUCAGAAGAGUGGCUCAAUGAAUGUGUUUGAAAUUUCUGUCACUCAAACAGAUGUCGUGUGUUGCAUUCAUAUACAUGCUCACAUGGAAGACAGUCUUUAAUUCACUGAUUUUUUUUACAUUAGGAAGGAUUAUCCUGGGUUCAUGAUGAGCUGCACUUUUUUCUCAUUGUUGAUAGUGAUACAUAAAAUGGGGAUAACUCCAGGAGCAGUCCUCUGCUUGCACUGAAUUCAAGUCAUCUAACAAGGAAAGCAAGGUGAGGCUCAGAGAUGGCUGGUCACCACAUCUACAUUACUGCUUUCUGCAAAUGAUGUGUGAAAAAAACAUCCUUAUAUUGGUAGGACAUAAUUCGGAAUGAAUGUAUCUCUAAUCAAGCUAGUCAUAAGGCAUAUUCUACUGUAAGGGAACUGCUUAGAAUGGAUUAUACUAAUAUGGCAUUAAUGUAACAACACAACAUUUUGCCAUUGUGACAUGUUAUUUGUCAUAUUGUGCACCUUAAAAUGCCUCCUCUUCCUUUGAAUUUGACAAGGCACUCAUGCCCAAAAAAUGGCCACCAGUGCAGAGAGUGGUCCACAUCUGGAGAAAUACUUUGCUGCACAAGUCAAUGCCCUCCUUCACAAAAGUUCAGCAGUGUAGGGACAGUGAAGCACUUGAAGCAAACAAGUUUCCUAAAGAACUUGCCCAAGACAGUGUUGUAGAAUUCAUUUGUAUUUUCCAGCAACAAUUCCCAAUCAUUUCAGCAACACACAUUAGCCAUAACCAUGUUUAUCAUGAUGAUCUAUGGGAUUCUUGAAUGCACAAAAGUAGAUGCAUGUAGCUGUGCCUGCUCCAAGGAAGCCAUCAUUAUUUUGAAGAAGCUGCAGGUACAUUGCAGAACUCAGGAGGUUUCUAUUCCAAGGGUAUUUUCUGGCACAAUCCUAUGCACAUUCACUCAGAUGUGAGCUUACUCCAGUGUUAGCAUGCAUAGCAUUUCCAGCAUCAGUUUGGUCUAGUCAGUUUUAAAACAUUUUAGCCAGUACUUGUUUAUCAUGCUGGGAUAACAUUCUGCGCCACAGUGCUCUGUAAUGUUGCAUGAAUGCAGGGAGCAGUGCAGUGCAUAUGUACAUCAUUUCAUUGCUGGCUUGAUAAACAAUGUAUAACCAUUAGUUGGAAAGCUAGCAAAGAGCAUAAUUGACUUCAAUAAUUGGAAAGUACGUAUUAACCUGUUUAAACAGUAUGCCAUUCUAAUGGUGUUUCCCUGACAUUUAGGGAAGGUGAUGUAUGAGUUGAACAUAACAUGCAUAGGAAUUUACACAUGAAAGGUCUGAUUCACAUUAGAUUCUCAAAUGAUAGAUUUAUUCCCACAUCUUCCUCAUGUACAUCUGAUAAGCUCCAGUCAUGUAUGGACCAGCUGACAUACACUUUAGUAGAAUUUCUGAUACAGGAGAAUAGACAAUACGGAAAUAUUGGAAGUACAUACAUGUACAUUAUAUUAAAUUGUAAGUCCACAGAGUUUCAAGGAAGCCUUAGCCAUGUGCUUUGUUCACCACUAUUUGACACAUGGUUUGCAUCCAUCAGUUACAACUUUGUGUAUAUUCUGGGUCAGUUUUUUAACAUCACGUCUAAACUAAAAUCCAUUUGAACUGCUGCUUAUUUUGUCAGUAACUGUGUGUUAUAUAUUCCAGGUUCAUGCCUGUAGUUCAAGCUGUUGAAGGACUGUGGCUGUUAUUUAAAAGUAUUCAGCUUGCUUAAUCUCUGUAGCCUUCAGUAUCUCCUUGAGUGCCUUAUACAGCUUGUUAAUAUUAAACACCUGUUGUGAAGAAAAACAAUGUGACUGAAAGUUAUUUUUUGGUGGAUGGGUGCCAAAUUUUCUUGCAUCUGUGAUGACACCAUUACACCUUUACAGUGCAUUGUGUGUUUCUGAAUGGAAAUGGAUUUAGUUUAGACUCAGGAAAUCACACUGUAAAUAUGUGUACCCUGUUUCCCGAAAAAUAAGACCUAACCUGAAAAUAAGCCCUAGUAUGAUUUUUAGGAUGCUCGUAAUAUAAGCCCU